UACUGUCGAUGUUUCUGCGUCUCCAAGAUGGCGGCUAUCGCAUAGUGCGUUUCGCAUAUUCAUUUUUUCACGAAAACUCGCUUUAAAAGGUCGCAAUGACGACAAUUGCGGAUCUUUUCACAAAAUAUAAUUGCACUAAUUGCCAAGAUGAUAUUCAAGGCAUACGUGUUCAUUGUGCUGAAUGCGAAAAUUUCGACCUGUGCCUGCAAUGCUUUUCAAUGGGCGCCGAGAUUGGCGCACAUGUAAACAACCAUGCAUAUCAGUUUAUGGACACCGGCACUUCGAUUCUGAGCGUGUUUCGCGGCAAAGGCGCUUGGACAGCUCGUGAGGAGAUUCGAUUGCUCGAUGCCAUUGAACAGUAUGGCUUUGGUAACUGGGAGGACAUUAGCAAACACAUUGAGACCAAAUCUGGUGAGGAUGCCAAGGAGGAGUAUGUAAAUAAGUUUGUAAAUGGCACCAUCGGAAAGGCAACAUGGACACCGGCGCAAUCACAACGUCCACUACUUCUGGAUCGCACCGAGGAUGACACUGGGCCACUGGGCGCCAAUGCAUUGGCCCGCCUACCGCCACUGGAGAUCAGCAAUGAAGAGGCCAUGCAACUCGGAUAUAUGCCCAAUCGUGAUAGUUUUGAGCGUGAAUACGAUCCCACGGCGGAGCAGCUGAUCUCCACAAUAACGCAUAGUUCGGAGGAUGUGGAAAUCGAUGUGAUGCUCAAGUUGGCCCAUGUCGACAUCUACACACGCCGACUGCGGGAACGCGCUCGUCGCAAGAGAAUGGUGCGUGACUAUCAACUGGUGUCGAAUUUCUUUCGCAAUCGCAACUAUGCUCUGCAUCCGGGAUUAAGCAAGGAGCAGAAGGAGUUCCGGGACCGUUUUCGCGUCUUUGCACAGUUCUAUUCGAGCAAUGAGUACGAGCGUUUGCUCGGCUCACUAGAGCGCGAGAAGGAGCUACGUAUUCGACAGUCGGAGCUGUAUCGUUAUCGCUACAAUGGCAUCACCAAGAUCGAUGACUGCAGGCAUUUUGAGCAGCAUGCGGCGAUGGCAACGCAUCGUUCUACAGGACCCUAUGGCCAUGGCAAGACUGACAACACACAGCUUUACAAUGGAAGUCUUCGGCCGCUAAGCUCUUCCUUGCACUCCCCGCAAGCGAAUCCCAGAAAAGCCGAACCGUUAAGCGGCGCCGAGGCAAGUUCAAGUUCAAUCGCACCAAGAAGCAUGCACCACAUCGGCGACCCGACUUGCUCCGGCGCAUUAUUGCCCAGCAGAAACUACUUGGAUAGCUAUCGGACAUCGUCGGCAGCUACGACAACGAUGCUGCCGACGACCAUGUCGAACAUGGGGAUGGGAAUCGGGAUGGGCAUGGGAAUGACGAUGGACUCGGCAAUAACAGCGACUGCAGCGACUUCCACGGCUACGAUGACGGCAGCACAGGCGAACCUGCCGCAGUCCACUGCAGCAGCAGCGGCAGCAGCAGCAGCGAAGAGCAACAACAACCAACAACUUCAGCAGCAGCUGCUGCAAGGCGGCGUAAAGCAACAGCAGCAACAACAGUUCCAGCAAAGCGAACACGCCGCCGGCAGCUCUAAUUCGCCAGAGGAACAGCCCGUUAGCAUGAGUUACGUGCUGCGUACACAGCUCGAAGAGCUAAAGCGUCUCCCGCAGCCCCUUGGCAGCAAUCUGCUGACUAACAAUGAGCUAGAUGUGUGCAAGAAGCACAAUAUAACGCCCACAACAUAUUUGUCGUUAAAAACCGUCUGUCUAAGCGGUGCUCCAUCGUUGGGCAGUCCAAUGGAGACGUCGUUGCGCAAAUUCUUCAUCAAAUGCGGCUGGCUGAGCCACUAAGCCAUUGAGUUGAAAUCGCUGUAGUUCUGUUGUCAAAAGUAAUUGCCGUUAUCCCAAAACAGACAGAACGAUAAUGAUAUCCUGCUUCAAAGACUUAUAUACAAUUUGAUUUAAUUUUAUUAUGUAGUAUAUAGUUAAAACUUAUCGCUAAUAGGUCGCCCAUAAACAAAUUCUAUUUUAUUCUGUGUACAGAUGUCGCGUACAUAACACAAUUUCUAUGUAUUUCAAUUUAACUUGUAUCAAGUCAAAGUGACAAUUCUUCUCG